AUGGAGAAGGCUGCGAAGGCGGGCGAAGCCAAGGGAGACACCGCGGCGGCGGAGAGGCCUGGGGUGAAACGACGCAGAGUCGCGACUCAAGGGGCGGGUCCGAACGACGCGGGGAACGGUGGGGACGAUUCUCCCGUCUGUCCUCCGCACCCGGGGUUCAUGUUUGACAUCUGCAUCCGUUGCGGCAAGAAGAAAGAGAAGGGCGACGGCGACGCCGGCGGGACGCGGGGGGGAGACUCGGGGAGCACUGCGGUGAGAUACAUCCACCAGGGACUGGAGAUGAGCAACGCCGAGCUGGAGAAGGCGAAGCGAGAGGAGAAACGCAGGAUACUUCUGAGCGGGAGGCUCGUCCUGGUGCUCGACCUGGAUCACACGCUGCUGAACAGCGCCAGGUUCUCCGAGCUGUCGCAGGAGGAGCACUACGCGAUGCACCGGAUCAUCGCCGCCGCGGACUGCGAGGCGAACGGGGGAAGCAAAGAGGAAGUGCAACAGGCGGCUGCGGCGAUCCAGCCGGUCGAAGAUCCCGUAGCGGCGGAGAGCGCCGAGGAAAAGGAGGACGGGGCGGACGUGGAUGGAGAAAAAGGGGAGGAGGAGGCGGGCGGGAAGGAGAGGGCACGAGACGGGCCGUUCCCCGGUACGGACCCACCCCUGCGUCACCUCAACUGCCUGCGUCACAUGGCCAUGUUCACCAAGCUCCGGCCGCACGCGCACGCGUUCCUCAGGGCCGCGAGCCAGCUGUGCACCAUGUACAUAUACACCAUGGGCGACAGAAACUACGCGAGGGAGAUGGCCAAGCUCCUGGAUCCAACCGGCGAGCUGUUCAACGGACGCGUCAUCGGAAGCGGCGACAGCACGAGCCAGUACAAGAAGGACCUCGACAUUGUGCUGGGCGCGGAGCCAACCGUUUUGAUCACCGACGACACGGACAGGGUGUGGCCGAAAAAUCUUGCCAACCUGAUCCGCAUCGAUCGCUAUCACUUCUUCAAGCAGUCAGCGGCGGGCUUCAGACAACCCGGUCGAUCGGUGAUGGAACGCCAGUGGCGCGAUGAGGGAGAUAACGGCGAUCGGGCUCAGCUCAGAGACGUCCUCGCCGUCAUAGCCGCCGCGCAUCGGAGAUUCUUUGAGGGCACCGCCGCGGCAAACACCGCGGAUGACGCCAUCGCGGAGAUGGACGCUUCGAUGCUUCGAUCGGCGAGCGCGACGGAGGGUGGCGAUAUUCGGCAAACUAACCACAAGCCGGUAUCGGACGAGGAGGCGUCCACCAAACUUGAGUCCAGGGACGUGCGUAGGCUUCUCACCGUCCCGGAAGACGGUCCUCUGGCUAACGUUCGCGUCGUGUUCUCCCGCGUCGUCGCGCAGUCAGAGCCGAGGCCGGAGCGUCACCCCCUGUGGUUGCUCGCCACCGCGCUCGGGGCGGAGGUUCUCAACGCCGUGGACGACGGAAAAGGGGCGACGCACGUCGUGGCGCACGCGGGUACCGGGGACGGAGACGGACGAAGGACGGACAAGGUGAAAUGGGCGGCUAAGACCCCGGGCGCCAGCGCGGUGAGCGCGGAUUGGCUCGCCAAGUGCGCCGACGAGUGGGCGAGGGUGGACGAGUCGCGGUACUCUCUGCUGGGUCCCGACGACGGCGGCAAGGUGCGCGAUGAGCCGGUGGUGGACACGGGCGGCGAAGAUGCAGACGUCACCGGUUCUCCCCCGGGGUCUCCAGGGUACAGCGCGUGA